AUGAAUCCUUCUCUACUGAUAUAUCUGGCAAUAUGUGCCGGCACCAGUUUGUCUGAUUUGACCUUUUCACCAUAUAAAUCUGCCGAACAAUACAAAUGUGGAAGUUUUAUGGAGGAUCGCAAUGGUAGGAAAGCAGAUGCUGUGCUAAGCUUCUUCUACAGUACCAUUGACCAGUUCAUCACACUCGUCUCAUCACCAUUCCCCCAUCAAGAUCUCCUGAACGACCAAGCCCUUACUGGGGACCUCAACGAGCUCCAAUCAUCCGUAGAGAAGAAGUACUGGCAGUGGAUCGAAUGGCAGAAAGGAUGGCUCGGAUUGACUGUCGGGCUGGUGGCACUCAGUGUGGUGUUUGUUGUGUUCUACGUUUUUUACAAGUUUUGCGUUUGCAUUUGCUCUCGAUCAUCGAAAAAACAAAACACGGACGCCAGAUAUGACGGAUGCAAGAGAAGCAUGUGCAAUUUGUUCCUAUUUGCACUUGUUAGUGCGAAUGCAUUUGUUGCUUUCACAUUGCUCAUGACAAGUCAAUAUGCACAAAUUGGAUUGGAUAAGCUUCCGAAUAGAAUGAAUCAAUGUAUCGACGAUCUUCAGUCUUAUAAGAGAGAUAGCGAUAUGAGAAUCCGGAAACUGCUCAUUGAAGAUUAUCAAGUGCUCAACACAACAAUCACCCAACAACUCUCCACUGCCGGUCAUAACGUGGUGGAUCGUGUCAAAAAACUUACUGGCGCACAUGUCAUUGACGUUUUUAUGAACGUUAGCAAAGUUGCGCAGGAAAUGCAUGACGGGUUAGAGUCAGUUCAUGGGAAGGUCAGAUUUCUAAAUGAGGAAGGAGCGCGAUUUGAGGCGGAAUUCUCACGACUACGAAAUACAGCUAAUGAAGAGCUCGUCAAGUGUCUAGAGAAUGAGCUCGAGCCCGUCAGAAGUAUGUGUGCAAAAGCGGAACGACUUCUAGAAAGUGUAGCUGUCACUCAAUUCAAAAUUGACCAAAAAUUCCUUCCGGAUGCCACCGAGAAUGGUCUGUCGGAAAUCGUCAACGCCAACAUUACCCAGGUGCUCGCGGCGUCGAAUGCUCAGUUUGGGCAGUUGGAGAAUAGGAUUCAACAUGAGAUUGAUAGAGAAACGCAUUCUGCUCAAAACAUGCUAAAACAAAUUGGUGAUGACUUGUUCCUAGUGGCAGAAACGAUAUCCACUCAACUGCGCAAAGUGACAUUCGAAGCACUUUACAGUUCAGUAUCCUAUGUGUCAGAUCCAAAGAAGACGCCAACGUUGAAAAUCAUUCAGUAUAGUUGGUAUGUAUCUCUGGUUGUCACUAGUUUGUUCAUUUUGCUGGCUCUUAUUUUCCUAUUCGGUGUCCUUUAUGGAAUUUGCGGACGGCGACCAACAUACUAUAACGAUGAUUGUUGUGUAAGGAGUACUGGUGGAAAAUUCUAUUCAUUUGGAAUAUGGGCAUUCCUCCUUAUUUUCGUUAUUUUGGCAGUUGGGACGGCUGGCCUAAUGUUCUCCAUUGGAAACUUCUCCAAUCUAGUUUGCCAGCCGAUGAGAAACCCCUUGGGUCACCCGGACUCUUUAUCGCUCGCCGAGAGAUAUAUCAACCUUUGGAAAGCAAAUCACACUCCAGAGAAUGAUAUUGAAGUCACUCUGCAGUCAAAAUCGCCGGCUGAAGUUAUCAGGGCGUGUUCGAGAAAUGAGACGAUUUAUAAUUUCUAUGACUUUGACAAGAAAUAUCACUUGAAUAAGUUGCAAGACUUUGAGAAGGAUGCAUACAAUCAGUUACAAAUUUUCUUAAAGACCACAAUGGAGAAUAUGCCGGAGAUUCGCCCGCUAGACGCUUUUAUCUCUAGAAGUGAACUUAAGGACCUCGAGAAGCUUGCAGCAGUGAAUGUGUCAAAAGUUAGCCAACAAGGGCUCAACGCGAUCAAACACGCAAUGGAUGAGUUGGAUCUGGUAUCCAAAACUCGGGAGUUUGAGGAUUCGUUGGAUGCAAAUACUGGCAAACCAAAGGCUGUAACAUUGGUUCUAGAACAGAUUAGAGAGUUAGAAGCUCAGUUUGCAAAACCAUUAAGGAGUCGAUUGGAGGCCUUGUACACGAAUAUUACAUCUUUGGAUGAGAAAUUGGCUCAAAUUCAAGUCCCAGUCUCCUCCCUCCUUGUCAAACUCCAACACGCUCAAGCUCUUCUAGCCGAGAACAUGAAGGAACACUUUGGUCGUGCUGCCAAAGAAGAAUUCCAACAGAUGGUGAACAACAUUGACCAAUACAUUCAACAUGUCAAGAAUCAGAUGGAAACAGAGGUCACGUCGUGCCAACCGUUGACACAAAUUGCCAAACAAACAACAGCAGCGAUUUGCAAUUAUACCAUCGACCCAUAUAAUGGCACUUGGAUGUGUAUGCUGAUAUGUCUCGUGCUUUUGGUCCCAAUCGUUAUGAUAUCAAAUUCGCUCAUUGGCCUCUACUCAAAAAUGCAUGCCUUCCCGAAAUAUAUCGUGGAGCCACCAUCAGAAACACAUCACAUGUCUUCAUUUAUAACGGAUACAUAUGAUACAAGGCCCAAGCCGGGGUAUGCCAACUACACCUACACAGACGAUUACCAACAACGUAACUAUCGGUGA